AUGGGCUGUAAUAUUUACAAUACGAUAUCAAAACGUUAUUAUACAUUUUUCUAUUUUCCCAUUGUGACUAAUGUCCUCCCAAUAACUACUACUAUAACAUCGAGUUUAUUAGCUUAUCGAAAUGUUCGUCGAAUCGUUUGUCUUCAACGACCAGUAUUUCGUCGACGUCUUGAUCGGCAAAUGACAGCAAUUACUUUGGCACGCAUUGUAGUUCUCAUUGCACUUGGCUCUCCGUAUAUUUUUAUUUCUCUAUAUCAGAUUAAUUUAAACGUUAAUACAAAUAAUUAUAUGCAACUAGCACUUUUUGAACUAAUUUCAGCAAUUAGUUUUUAUGUUUUUCUAAUAGUAUCAUCUCGUUUUCGUCGUCAAGAAAAAACUGUUUUAGUGAAAAAAGUUUGGCGAUCAAUCAAAUUAUGUUCUUGUAAAACAUCAACAACUAAUCGUCGAAAUCAAAUUUCUCCUGAGGUACUUCCACCAAGUUCUUCUGGGAAUGAAAUAUGUAAUAAUAAUCAUGUUUAA